AGGUCAUGUUGUGUUUGUUACUUGUGUAGAAUGAAUAAAGCAUUAGGGACUGGAAUGAAGAACACACAGUGGUUCCUUCCCUCCACUCCCAGCUUUCCUUGUAGCUGGGAUAGAAGCUGCCAGUGCAACAGCUCCUCUUGUUUGAAAGUUCCCAUCUUCUGUCUGGUGAAGAUCGUUGACAUCCUGGAGCAGUUCCUGCGGGAGGGAGGCCUGUCGGCGCUGAUGUGGGAGGUCUGCCAGCAGCAGGCGCAGGCUGCCUCCCCCGAGCUACAAGAGACCCUGCUCAACAAAGUUGUGUGUCUCCCUGAUCACUUGAGCAACAAGCUGCAGGGGGAAAACUUGCCAAUAUUCCUCCCACAAAACUAUUUCCCCUUGCUGGGUACUGAGAUCAUCCAGGUGCUGCAGAGGAUCUCUGACUCGCUGAGGGGUGGUUUAGACUGUUCCAUCUCCUUUGUGUCUCAGGUGCUGGGGAAGGUAUGCGUGCAUGGGAGACGAAAGGAAAUUCUGAGCACGUUGGUGCCCUGCCUGACUGAUCUUACUAAGUCUGACUGCAUCUGGCAGAGGAUGUGCUGGCGACUGGUUGAGUGCGUGCCUGACCGCUGGAUGGAAGCAGUGGUCUGUGGCUUUGUUCAGACAGCACCAGGGGCGGAUGUCUUAUCUCGCUUGCUGGGGAACCUGGUUGUGAAAAACAAGAAGGCUCAGUUUGUGGUGACACAGAAGCUGCUGCUCUUGCAGUACAGCUGUCCGACGGCGAUGUUGCAGAAUCUCCUUGGAUAUCUGGCCCUAGACAACAGCCGACGUUUCCUACUGCUAAAAGUUCUGCAAGAACUCAUGGAGACUUGGGCCAGCAGCAGUGCAGUGAAACACUCACCAGUUGAGCAGCAGCUGUACAUUAGCAAGGCCAUCCUGAUCUGCCUUUCCCACCUGAAGGAUGUUGAAAUAGACAGCCACAGACAAGAGCUGUUCACAUGCAUGAUGGAAGGGAUGAAAUGCCACCUGGAUAGCAAUUUACCACGCAUUCGGUGUCUGGGAAUGAUUGUGGCAGAGAGCAUCAGUUCCAGGAUAAAUACUGAUGGGCCGAUCCUGAAAUUCCAGUAUGAAGAAGAUGAUGAGACCAGAGAGCUUAAGUCCCUCCUGACACAGAUGUUGUCACCACCGUCUGUCAUCAGUCCUCUGGAUGAAGGUAGGAAGGACAGUCCAUCUGCCGUGACAGAAGCUGAACUGAAACCUGGUAGGAAACCACUUGCAGCAGCCUGUGCAGUGUCAGAGGAGGGGUCAGACUCAGAGCUGGACAGUGAUGACGACUUCAUCCCUUAUGACAUGUCUGCCGAUAAGGAACUGAAGAAGACAAAAGCUCCUUUGUAUAUCCGGGACUGUAUUGAAGUCCUAACUGGACCUGAAGACAUGGACAAAUGGGAGGCCACGAUGAGGGUUCUGGAGACCUUGAUUCAAAGGAAUACAGCUGCUACACAAGAGGUGAGUGUGGAGCUGGCAAAAGUGCUGCUGCACCUGGAGGAGAAGACCUACAUUGAUGACUUUGUGGAACUCCGUCAGAAAGCCCUAGUGACUGUCACCAUCACAGAUCCAAUACCAGUGGCACAGUAUCUGACCUCCCAGUUCUACUCCAUGAACUACAGCCUCCGCCAGCGCAUGGACAUUCUGGAUGUUCUGGCCUUGGCAGCUCAGGAGCUCUCUCGACCCAAAGCUCCUGGUAAAAACAAACCCUCCAGCAUCCAGACUCCCUGCAUCCAGAUCCUCCCCGGAAGUGACAGUUCCAAAGACUGGAGAAAGAUUGUGGAUGAGAGGAUCAAAAGUAAGACCCGGAGAUUUGCAAAGGGCCAGUCUCAAGUGGAGCUUGUUUGUGCCCCAAAUAAAUUCAGUUCUGUGGCUGGGCACUUCUUCUUCCCCCUGAUUCAGAAUUUUGACAGGCCUUUGGUAACCUUUGACCUACUGGGAGAUGACCACUUUGUGCUGGGAAGGCUGGCCCACACUUUGGCGAUCCUUUUGUACUUUGCUGUCAAUACCGUGGUAGCUGCUGCUAUGGGAAAGGCACUGCUGGAGUUUGUUUGGGCUCUGCGCUUCCACACAGACUCGUAUGUGCGUCAGGGCCUCCUGUCCUGUAUCUCUUCCACGCUUCUCAGUGUCCCCAGUGAUCGCCUUCUGGAGGAUGUGACUGAAGAGCUUGUGGAAACCCAGGCUUGGCUUGCUGUGCAAUUUGACAUGAUGCGUGCCUGUAACCUAAUUGCUACAGUUGCCUUGACUGCUGGUCAGCUCAUUUUCGUCUUGGGGCUGGUGGAACUGCCAAUUAUUUCUCAGGAUACCCAGUGGUGGGAGGAAGCCAUAGCUGCCGUGUUCCAACUUGCCAGUUUUGUUCUUGUCAUUGGAUUGGUGACAUUCUAUCGUAUUGGGCCCUAUACCAACCUGUCGUGGUCCUGCUACCUGAAUAUUGGGGCCUGCCUCCUGGCUACAUUGGCAGCUGCCAUUCUGAUAUGGAACAUCCUGCACAGGCGAGAGGACUGCAUGGCACCCCGGGUCAUUGUCAUCAGCCGCACCCUGACUGCUCGAUUCCGCCGAGGGCUGGAGAAUGACUAUGUUGAGUCACCAUGCUGAGAGCAUGGGUUUGAGAGGGGAGAGCCCUCUGACAAGACUUGCAUUGGAAUUGUUUCUAUAAAUAUAUGCUGUAAUUUAAAACUAAGUUUUGAAGAAUGUCACAAAGCUCAUUUCUUGUGGAUAGAGGUCCUCAAUUAUUAUUUGGAUGGGCUUCAUCUAUAUACAUAUGUAUAAUACACCUAAUUUUAUAUAUUAUAUAUUACUUUUUUCCUCUCCUGUACAGUGCAGAAACAUAAGAUUGUCAUCAUAAUUAUCCUGAUGCAGUUUCACAGUUUUAAAUCUAGGGAUUCCAAUUGUGGCAGAGACAUACAGAGUAAUAGUAGUGAAGGUAUGGGAAAAGGGCAAUUGGCCUACAUUUUUUCCUUGUCCUGGAUGAAGUUAUCCUGCUCCCUAAUGAUAAUGCACAAAGCUCAGGAGCUGAGCUUCAGUAACAGUCCUCCUCUGGAACCAGUGAUGGACAGUCAGAAAGAUCAGGAGACUUGCCAUAUGUAUCAUAUAAUUUACAACAGCACAGUCAAGGAUUUCCUCAUCUUUAAUGUCCCCUCCCCCACCCACCCAUUUUUAAGAAUAUUUAACCUGGCUGUAACAAUUUCUUCCUCACUGAAGUAUGGCACACAAGCUAUAAACCAAAAAGCAAGUAGCAUAAUGCUAGCCAUUUGUAAGUUAUGGGUGUGCAAAUUAAUUACAAUCUGUUGUUUUCAAGCACCUUUUAAUUUUCCUAAAAUAGAACCUUUUGGUUAAUUUUGCUGGCAGGUAGUGAUGCCAUUAACACUAAAGAGAGGUACACAGCUAAAAUUACCCACCUUCUGAACUAAAAAUGUACUCAGUUGUUUACAUUGUGGGCUGGCAUCUACAAGAGUGUUUACCUUGACAACCCAACAUUCCUAAAUGGCCUUAAUUUAUUUUGUUACAUAUGGUCGUUACACAUGAAAGCACCUUUUACCCUAAAGUCUCUUUUCCGAGCCCAUUUUUAAACUUGGCAGAACAUUUUUGAAUUUGGAUACCAAAAUUAGGGUAUUCAGUUCUGUGUUUGAGUGUUCAAAAUGGCACAUGGAGCCUGAAAUAAAUAUUUGACAGCAUUGAUGCCACCCAACUACAAAUUGGAGCACUUGAGAGUGAAAAUUAGGCAUGUAGGACGUGAUCUGGGCAGGUGACUCCCCUUAACAGCAAAAAUAGAGUUUGUAGGUGAAGGUAUUUGGCAUCCUGCAAGAUCAGGCCUUUAGUUUGUAAGUGCAACACUUUAGCCUGAUGGUUCAUGUCAACAAUGUGCAUUACUACAAGAUGGCAAACCAAUGAGAUGCCAACUACAAUACAGAAAUAGAUACAGGGACCAGAAGAGGGCUGGGGGUACUUACAUACAUUUUAAAGACUUCAGCAUAUGGUGUUACCUUGAACACACUUACUAGUAAGACCUGAAUGACUAUGAGCUGUGAAUAUAAUAAAACCUCUUUUUAAGGUUGCUGUGCUGCUCCUAACUAAAUUCUUUGCUUUUUUUAUUGUGAUUGCCUUAAUAUUUUGCUUCACUUUGUGAUCAUCAAGCUGGCUCUUGAGUUCUGUUCUAAACCCAAAAUGAUGCAAGGAACCUAGCCCAAACUGUCACUCUGUACCAUGUCCAGAGUAAGUAAUGCUAUGAGCUUGAUGCUCUACAAUCAAGUACUUAUAAAAUUCAACCUCCCUCUUCUUUCUCUAGACAUCAGGGCAGAGUUCCACAUGGGUGAUAAAGCAUUUCUUUUUAUAGUAGGUUUGUAAAAACCAACUGAGGUUUGUUUCCAUUUGCCUGCCUUUCUGCAAAAGCUCUGUGUUUUCUGGAAAUAAAUGUGCUAUAAUUAAUUGCAAAGUUUUAAAUAAAAUAUUGGAAUAUUUAAAAGACAUUAUAUUAUUUCUUCUAAUAUUGCAAUAUCCAUAUUAUAAUAAUGUACAUUAAAUUUUAAAAAUCAGCUAUGUGGUCAGUAAAACUGUACUAUUCAGUAUUACUGUGUUUAUUUUCAAUGUAUAAAUAAAA